UAUAAAACAAAUAUUAAAAGCUUCUGUUUGGGGGGAAAAAUACGUUUCUUGACUUGAAGUAACAGAAAUCCACAGAUCUGUGCUCUCUUUUCUGCUUGUUUUGUUUCACUGUUUGUGGACAGUAAAGAUUUUGACAUGUGCGCUGAUGUACACAGAAGUUUCUUCUUCAUUUAUGCAGUGACCCCGCUCUAAGGACUUUUAGAUACUAAAAUCCAUACAGUGUGAGACACCAGAUACCAGCAGAUACCAAACGCAGCGUCUAAAUUUAAUGCUGGACAUUAAAUGGCUUUCUUCAUUUUGAUAAAGUUGUUUUCCUGGAGGAAAACAGGGACGGUGAUGAGAUUUUAUUAUCUUGUGUUUUUCAGUGUCAUUACACAGUUAAGCCAAAGGGUCUCCACCCUGUUGGGAAGUAGUUCUGGUGGUAAAAUGGUGCUGCUUCUAUAUUAUUUUGAAAUAGUGGGCCUCAAAGUAUUGGAUGCAGAAGACACAACCCUGGCUGUAGGUGUAGCACUGACCCGUGGGUGAGGAAAUUCUGCUCAUGUUUAGAAACUUGAUUAAAUAAUUUCAGUUUCAAACAUCUGGACUGAUAAAGUCCAAGCAAGUCUUUUCUACCCACUUACUGUGACUCAGCUUUCCAUGCAGCCGGCGUGUGUGUGGAGGGGGGUGAGGGCUUGUGAAGAUGUUUGUGAUUUCGAAGCUCCUUGCAUUUCACGGAGCAGUUUGUAAUGUCAUAUCCUGCGCUCUCCAGGGAAUGUCUCAGCUCGUGCUGGGCCGAGUGGUCCGGCGUCAUUCUCCUCUGACUGGGUCAGGAGGAGGCGGCUGGGAUUGUGCAAAGAGACUGGGAGAUCCUGAUCACAGGGAAAAGAUCAAUAACGAGGAACCAUCUGUGGUCUGUUAACAGAAGACUGCUGGAUCCUGAAAUGCCAGAAGACGCUAGCAAGGAGGCCAUGAGAACACCAGUGACACCAGAGAAGGCCAACAACGCCGAGCGCCCUGCUGUCGCCAUGACAGCCCUAAACAUCCCCCUAGUUAAUGAAGUGCAGCUGACCGCAGCCACCGGCGGGGCAGAGCUCUCCUGCUAUCGCUGCACGAUCCCGUUUGGCGUGGUAGUGCUCAUUGCAGGCAUCGUGGUCACUGCGGUCGCUUACAGCUUUAAUUCGCACGGCUCCACCAUCUCCUAUUUUGGCCUGGUGCUCCUCUCUGCAGGACUCUUGCUUUUAGCGUCCAGUGCCAUCUGUUGGAAGGUGCGGCUGGAGAGGAAGAAGGAGAGGCGGCGGGAGAGCCAAACGGCCUUGGUUGCAAACCAGAGGAGCAUUUUCACUUGAAGCGGCGGUUUAAACAACGCAGCUCCAGGUUUUCUGAGUCUGAAAAGGCCUGAUCUCGACACGGUUUGAUGAAGAACCAGCUGAAGGCAGAUGUUGUCCAGAAUGUUUCUUCAGUUUCCGACCUGUAAAAGCUCCGACUCUCAAGGCUCAGAAUUCAAAGCUUUGCAGACAUUGUGAGGGAUUUAUUUGUCAAACAGACGUGGAGCAUCUGGCGAGCUGGGAACGCAGCCAGAAGGAAUGUAUCACAAUUAAGAUGAAUUACCACUGUGCGGAGUGGCGUAGAGGAAGUCUCCCAUUAAUCGGCUGUUGGAUGUGCCGCCUUUGAUUGCAGCGGGAAGGACUGUGGUUUGAAAAAGUCCAGAACAAUGACUCUCGCCUCAUUUGCUCGGCUUCAGCUUGCAAAUAUCUGUUUAGAAAGUCUCAUCUUGCAGGAAAUGGGGACAAAUGACCUGCUUUUGAAGUGUGGUACGUUAUAAUGGCUGAGAAGGACUAUUAAACUUUGAAUAUGCAUCCUCUUAAAGCACUUUGAUCCUACAUAUUCAUCAUAUUAUGUAAUACAUUUCUUAAAAAAACAGUGCAAAGAUACAUCCACAUUUUAUGUAGCAAUACUUAAUGUGGACCACUACAUUUUUAUUGUGUAUAUGUCAUAUUGUGUAAAAUUAAACUAGCAGCUUUGUUUUAGCGUAAUCAUUUGCAUGUAUUCAUUAUUAUCACAUGAUCAUGAUGUUUAAUAAAAUCAUUUUAUCAAG